CCUCGUCUCUGGCUGCUUUUGUUGUUGACUCCUAUCAAAGAUGGCGUCGUGCGCCAACUAAACCCACAUCCAACCCGAGAAUCACAAGACUGACCAAUCCCACCUGAAGGACCAGGACUGACCAUGGCUUUUGAGGAGAUCAAGAAGAAACGAAUGAUGGAUAUUUCACAGAUGGAAGGAGAGGUCGGUCUUGUUGCAGGUCGCAGCCAAAGAGAGAAGAGGCGCUCGUAUAAAGAUCUGUUGAGAGAGGAAGAAGAAAUCGCAGCGCAGGUGCGCAAAACCUCCAAGAAGCACCACAAGGAUUCUGACCUUUUCCUCUUAGGAGAAGAUUCUCACAAGAAAAAAAAGAAGCACUUGAGUGAUGACCACUAUCACAGAGAUCAUCACAGCUCUAGUCAGCCGCCCCACAAGAAGAAGCGCAAAUCUUCAGAUCGCUCGCCUUCCCUCUCCUCCUCGUCCUCCUCUCACCCGUCCCACCCCACAGACACAGCCAUGGGCCUCCUGGAGGCCAUCACCUCCCCGCUGGCCACGGGCUCUGAGCCCACCCUUCACCUCCACAAAAAACCCUCCUACCCUCUCCACACCUCCUCACACUCCUCCAAAGACCGCAAACGUGACGGCAGCUCCAAGAGCAGCCACUCCUACUCGCACUCUCAUCCGCCUGGCUCAUCUUCGUCUAAAAAGCAUUCCUCUUCCUCGAAGUCACUCCUGUUCCACGGAGGAGCUGGGAAAGGAGAGCCACUGACGCUCUGUGAAGCUGAAGGCCUCAAGAUGAAGCUCAUCCUUUCCUCAAAAGAGAAGAACGAAAAUGUAGGGAUGAACGAGGGAUUCUCCAUCCCGACAUAUUCUUCUUCCUCUUCAGGUGUCGUAGGCCAUCAUCAGUCCUCCAGUGUGAAGAAAGGAGGGAUAAAGAAGGAGAAAGACAAAGAUAAAAUGAUGUCGAAGCCACCAAAGAAAAAGCAGCACAGCCAAGAGCCGUUGCCUGUAGUGGGGAAAGAGGUGGAGGUCGUGGGUCACUACGGCGGGUCUUACGCAGGCAUGGGAGGAGACAGCUCAUCUUCAGGAGGAGAACUAGAGGCCGGCGAGCUGGUGAUUGACGACUCCUUCACACAUCUCUCUAAAAAGAAGAAAAAGAGCAAGAAGAGCAAAAAGAAAAAAGAGAAAGAGCGAGACCGAGAGAAAGGAUCCAGAGAGAAGAAACACAGCAAAGGAGGAAGUGGAGGGCAGAAAAACUGUCCAGCAGGUGAUCAGUCUAGAAGCCACACCCACUCUCACAGCUCAUCCAAUCACAGCUCUUCUGGUGGCAUGUACGCGAUGGCUCCACCCACCUCAUCCCAUCACCAUCAAAGCAUUGAACUGGUGGGCGAGAAGAAGAAAAAGAAGGAGGAAAAGGACAGAGACAAACAUGACAAGGACAAGCCGAAGAAGAAGAACACGACGGCCUAUCAGGUGUUCUGUAAGGAGUACAGGGUCAAUAUCAAUGCAGAGCAGCCCGGAUUAGUCUUCGGGGAGCUGAGUAAGAAACUCGCAGAAGUGUGGAAUCAGCUGCCUGAAAAAGACAAGCUGGUUUGGAGACAGAAAGCUCAAUAUCUCCAGCACAAGCAGAAUAAAGCUGAAGCUAUGACGGUCAAGCGGAAAACUUUAGCAACAUCAGACAGUAAAAGUAAAGGCUCCAGUAAAGCUGUCAGUUUGGUGGCAGGAUUGGCCCCUCAGGGCCGCUCGUCUCUGGUUAUGUCUUUGUCUCCGGCGCGGAUACCUGAUGUGGAUCCCAUAGAUGCAGCAGCUCACCUGCAGCUGCUGGGCGAAUCACUGUCUCUGAUUGGACAUCGACUUCAGGAGACAGAGGGGAUGGUGGCGGUGUCUGGCAGUCUUUCAGUGCUUUUAGACUCUAUUUUAUGUGCUCUUGGUCCAUUAACCUGCUUGACAGCACAAGUUCCCCAGCUCAACGGCUGUCCACGCAGUAUCUUGUCAAAUACUUUGGACAACAUCGCUUACAUAAUGCCUGGACUAUGAAUCUCCUAAAAGGCACUUACAAGAGACUGGGUUACAUCUGGACGCAUUCCCAGAAGCACCAAACUUUUUAAAACUUUUUCUGAUCAGUGGACAUUCUUCGUCUCUCACGUUUUUAAAAAUGGUAUUUAAAAUGUUAGUCAUUUUUUAUUGUUGUAAAAAAAGAUAUCCUAUUUUAGAGGACACUUUUGAAGUUUCCCUUUUGUGUUUGUGUUUAGUUUCAAUGUCUGUUUUAAGAUGUGUUUGUGAGUG